AAAGUUGCACUCGGAAUUUUCGUUCCCGUAGGACUCGAUCAACGAGAGUUUGGCAUGAAUGUGGACUCGCUCACACGCGAAGAGGCACUGGAACUCUUUUUCAGCCUGCCAGAUGAGUCCGAAACAAGUGAGGACGAGGCACUGAGUAGUGAGGAUGAGUUCGUUCCGGAGCUUGCACCACCAGACUCGAGUCCCGACGAAGAUGACAACGAAGCAGGUCCAUCAACAAGCAAACGCAAGAAACGGCGACCAACAAUUUCAAAGAACAGGAAAAAAAGCAAGCGGGAAACAGUCGAGCCGUAUCACGAAGUAGACGACGUGCUAGGAGAGGAAGUUGGUGACAAGUGGAGUACAAAUGAACCGCCGAUCUGCGUUGGGAUUCCAAAAUCAUGGGACCCUCAGUUCUCAACAAAGCCAGUGGUGCGGGCAGCCGACUGUUUUGAUCUGUACUUCGACGAUGAAGUGUUGGAAAUGAUUGUAGAGCGCACAAACCGUGCCGGGGCACUAAAAUACCCUAAGAAGUGGGCGGUGCUCACAAGUGAUGAGCUGCGCGCUUAUUUUGGAUUGCUGCUUCUGAUGAGCGUGUCACCACGACAUCACUUUUAUCACUACUGGAGCCGUGAUUCUCUUUUCAACUGCGAAGAAAUCGCCAAAGUGAUGUCUUUCAAGCGCUUCCAGCAUAUCAUGAAUUCCCUUCGUGUAAACGACCCAAGCAAAGAAAAGAAAAGAGGAGAAGAUGGUUAUGACAGGCUUGCUAAGCUGCGUCCCCUUAUUGAUAAACUGAACAAGAAAUUUCAGGAAGAGUACUCGCCGUCAUCUCACCAGGCAAAUGAUGAGAGCAUGGUUGCUUUCAAAGGAAGAUCUAGUAUGAAACAGUACCUUCCAAUGAUGCCCAUAAAAAGAGGGUAUUAAGUCUGGUGCAGGGCCGACUCAAAGACGGGCUAUUUGCUGCAAUUUCAGGUGUAUGAAGGGAAGAAUGCACAAAGACCGGCCAAUCAAAGCCUUGGUGAGCAUGUCGUUCUUUCUCUGUCAGAGAACGUGCAGCCUGGAACGCGGCUAUUCUUUGAUAACUAUUUUACCUGCACUCGCCUAAUGGAAACUCUCGCUGAGAGGAGCAUCCUAGCCGCAGGGACGGUUCGCACCAACAGAAAGGAUUUGCCCGAAGAACUGAAGCGAAACAACAAGCUAAAGAAGGGAGAAUACCUGUGGUGCUCCAAAGGUCAGGUCACAGCCUAUCAGUGGCGUGACACUAAA